GCCCCUCUGGGGCCUCCUCCCUGCUCAAGUAUUUCCUCCCUCAAGGGCAGAGAUGUGUGGGUAAAUGGAGACCUUAGCCUCCCUUAAUCACCAAUAUAUCUAGCUCCUAUCAGGCCUGAUGACCGCCAGGACCUGUUAUUUGACCUAUGACAGCUAGAGAGCUUUUAAAAAAGUCCUUUUGAAUGCCCACGAGGAUGGAAACGGAUUACCUGAAGAGGUGCUUUGGUAGCUGCCUGGGCCAGGCACUGGCAGAGGUGGCGAAGGCUCGGCCCGGUGACCCUAUAGAGUACCUGGCUCACUGGCUUUAUCAUUACAGGAAAACGUCUAAAGCAAAGGAAGAGGGUAGCGGAGAGAAGUCCCAGCAGAAGGCAGAAUAUGAGAAUAGCCUCAAAAAGGCCAAAAUGACAGAACUGCUGAAGCAAGAAGAGAGUCAGAUUCCACAGACAUAUGAAAAGUGUCACCAGCCACUAAUAUCACUAGCUAGUUCCACAAUGAAGCCUGUAUUCACACGAGAGAACACAAAACCCCUUGAGAAGGAUGCCUUGAAGCCAGAGUCUUUGCCAGGUGCUUCUAGUAUGAUUCCAGGAAUGCCUCAAUAGAGUCCUUCUUGACAGACGUCUGGCCAGGGUGACUGCAGUGUCGAAACUCUACAAGAAAUACAUUCCGAGGCUUUUCAGCAUGAAAUUGCUUCCAGAAUGCAUCCUGGCUCCACAUCUCCUUAAGUGAUCAAGAGGUGCCUGAUUCUCCUGAUGCUUCUCUCAAAGCUGCAAGUUGAGGAAAGGGCCACCUAUGGCUCUGACCUGAAGACAGUGACUCUGUGGAUUAAAGCAAAAUUUGAGGGGCUGUGGAAGGAAGUGACUUACAGGGACUCUCCAGCCAAAGUUCUGUUCUGAUGGCCAUGAAGAGCCCUUAAUCAGGUAAACAUUUCAACUACUGAGAGGAUAAAAUAAACUCAUAAGGAUUUCAAAUAAGUAACCAAAA